CAUAUGUGUCAAGGACAGGUGGAAUUAAAUCACGAGUUAGCAAAUGUGGAGCCACAUCUUAGUAAAUUUCUCAUAUUAUAUUGUAAUAGAGUCAAUAUUAUUUAAAAAAAUAAGUGAUAUUAUUUGUUUAUAUUUUCAACAACAAAAAAAAGUUUGGUGUGUGGAGUGGGCCGUCGUAGGAGUGAUCAUUCUGCCCUCUUUUUGAGUUUGUCGAAGGUGACUCGUCGUCCUCGGAUCCGAAGGUUCAUGUUUGAAAAUGCAUGGCUUAAGGAUGCAGGGUGUAAGGAUGUUAUAAAAAGUGCCUGGGAGUCUUCUAGCUCACUGUCAUUGCCUGCACGACUUGAACAUUGCGGUAAAGAGUUGGCAGCCUGGGGUGGAGACCGUUAUCACCUUUUCGCAUCAAAUGCGGAGGCCAUUGCAGUUCGAGAUUGUCUUGUGGAAUAUGAGCGGGUGCCAGGACAGCAAGGCUGGAGAUUACUCACUCAACCUGAUGCUUUGGUGUCUCGGGUCUUCAAAGCAAGGUACUUUCCCACCACUUCUUUUCUUGAGGCUAAGUUGGGGGGUACGCCUAGUUACUGUUGGCGAAGCAUUUUGGCUGCCCAACCCCUUAUUAAGGCAGGGGCCCGUCAUAGAAUUGGCAAUGGUUCUGACACUCUCGUUUGGGACAGUCCGUGGCUUCCAGACAGUGCUGAUCCACAGGUGUGCUCGGAUCUGACAACCCAUUGGCCUAAUUUCCCAGUUUCUUUUCUUAUUAACAGAGAGAGCGGUGUCUGGAACUUGGAGCUACUGCAUCAGAUCUUCGGCCAAAGGGACAUUGACUUGAUCCUUAAAAUUACUCCAGAUAUCAAUAGAGGUGACCGGUGGUUUUGGGCUGGGCAGUCUCAUAGACAGUACACAGUGAAGGAUGCCUAUCGUAAAUUCAUGGGUGAGGCAGGUUUUGUACUUGGUUUCUCAAACUGGGGACGGCUUUGGAAGAUCUCGGUGGCCAUGAAGGUGAAGGUUUGCUUAUGGCGUGCUCUUCAAGGGCUACAGGUUGUGGCAUGGACUAUUUGGGCGCUCUGGAAAACUCGAAAUACCGCUGUCUGGGAGCAGCGUGUGGUUAUGCCGCAGGCUGUGGUUCGGAUGAUUCACUCCAUGGUGGCAGGAUGGAGAAAUAGGUUUGAUGCUACUGGACAGGAGGGAGCCGUUCUUCCCCUUCAUAUUCGUCGGCCAGGUGUGUUGCAAUGCUUUGUGGAUGCAAGCCUUUUCCCGCGGACUGGACGUGUUGGCUUUGGUGGAAUUCUACUUAGUCCCGAGGGUCAAUUCCGGGCAGCGUGUAACGGACCUCUUUGCUACGUUCAAGAUCCACUGGUGGCGGAAGCUUUGGCAUGUCGUGAAGUACUUUUGUGGCUUAGACGGUGUGGUGUGCGUGAGGUCGAGCUCUAUUCGGAUUGUCUUAGCGUGGUGCAAUUGCUAUGUCAAGAGCACUGGUUUUCUGAAGAAGAUAGAGCUCGGAUUCUUCAGGUCCCGAUAUUGCCAGCGCUUUCGGACCAAUGGUACUUGGCGUUGGAUUCGUCUGGGGUUUACACUGUUAAAAGUGCGUACAGGAAGCUUACUGGGGAGGCAGCAGACACGUCCUUUUUUAACCAUUGGAGCAGGUUAUGGAAGCUAAAUGUGCCUCCUAAAGUUAAAGUUUGUUUUUGGAGGGCCCUGCGGGAUAUUUUGCCGGUUGCAUGUUCGCUAGAGAGCAAAGGAAUACAGAGACUGUGGCGGGUGCUGGGAGUCAAGGUUGUCAAUAACCAGGGCCUUUGUUUCGAUUCGCUAUUGCACUGGGCAGAUUUCAACUUUGGCAGUAGGGUCGGAAGGGAAAUGGACUGCGUGGCGGCGGGGAUCUGGGCACUGUGGAAGGCGGGGAACAUGGCCAAUUGGGAGAGUAAGUUGCCGAUAGUGGGUAUCAUCGAGGCUUGGACCAGGGAGGCUGUGGCCUCAACGCCAUCAAACUGUUCGGGGUCGAAGGCACCAGUGGCGGAGGCUAGAAUCUGCGGCAUUACGUGCUCGGUGGAUGCAGCUGUGUUCGAGAAUGCUCGGCGGGUGGGAGUCGGUGUAAUCCUUAGAGGUGAAGAUAAUUCUUUUAUUGGAGCUUUCAACUCUUGCAUUAACUGUCCUUUAGAGCCACGAAUUGCGGAAACCAUGUCGAUUAAAGAGGCUUUGUCUUGGAUUAAAGACCAUGGCUUCUCGGAGCAUAAUAAAAGGAGAAGAGGUGACGUAUAUGAGUUCACACACAUCUUCCUCCACUCCCUCGUUUUCGUGGCGCGGCAAAAUCAAUCUGCAGCGAUGUCCACAGUCACUGUUCCGGCGUGUGUCCCUCCCGUUUCCGAAGACUGCGAGCAACUCCGAGCUGCCUUCAAAGGAUGGGGGACUAAUGAGAAGUUGAUCAUAUCAAUAUUGGGUCAUAGAAACGCUGCUCAGCGCAAUUCGAUCCGGCAGGCAUACGCAGAAACCUAUGGGGAAGACAUCCUCAAAGAGUUAAACAGGGAACUCACUCAUGAUUUUGAGAAAAUAGUGGUGCUGUGGACACUGGACCCUCACGAACGCGACACGCUUUUGGCCAACGAAGCAACCAAGAAAUGGACAGCAAGCAAUCAAGUGCUGGUGGAAAUUGCCUGUACAAGAUCACCCAAUGAUUUGAUUGCUGUCAGACAAGCUUAUCACGCUCGUUUCAAGAAAUCCCUUGAAGAAGAUGUUGCCCAGCACACAACUGGGGACUUCCGCAAGCUUUUGGUGCUUCUGGUGAGCACAUAUCGCUACGGGGGCGAUGAGGUAAAUAUGACUCUAGCUAAACAUGAGGCCAAACUGCUGCACGAGAAGAUCUCGGAUAAGUGCUAGUCAUCAGAGUUCUGACCACUAGGAGCAAAUGCCAGAGCAAUGCAACCUUGAAUCACUAUAGAGACGAAUAUGGACAAGACAUUCUCAAGGACUUGGAAGGCGAUGGGAAGGAUGAAUUCACUUCCAUACUGAGAGCGGCAAUUCAGGCGCUCCUCUACCCUGAGAGGUACUUCGUGGAGGUGCUUAGGGGUGCAAUCAACAAGAGAGGCACGGAUGAAGGUGACCUGACCAGAGUGAUUGCGACAAGAGCCGAAGUUGAUCUCAAGGUUAUCAUGGAGGAGUUCAAGAAGGUGAAUAGCGUCCCUUUAGACCGCGCCAUUGCCAAAGACACCCGCGGCGACUAUGAAGAUAUGCUCUUGGCCU